GCGGUUCCAACAUGGCGGAGCUGACGGUGGAGGUUCGCGGCUCCAACGGGGCUUUCUACAAGGGAUUUAUCAAAGAUGUUCAUGAAGACUCCCUCACAGUUGUUUUUGAGAACAAUUGUUAAUUCCUUUUCUAAUCCUUCAGUUGGCAACCGGAACGCCAGGUUCCAUUUAAUGAAGUUAGAUUACCACCACCACCUGAUAUAAAAAAAGAAAUUAGUGAAGGAGAUGAAGUAGAGGUGUAUUCAAGAGCAAAUGAUCAAGAACCAUGUGGAUGGUGGUUGGCUAAAGUUCGAAUGAUGAAAGGAGAAUUUUAUGUCAUUGAAUAUGCUGCUUGUGAUGCCACUUACAAUGAGAUAGUCACAUUUGAACGACUUCGGCCUGUCAAUCAAAAUAAAACUGUCAAAAAAAAUACCUUCUUUAAAUGCACAGUGGAUGUUCCUGAGGAUUUGAGAGAGGCGUGUGCUAAUGAAAAUGCACAUAAAGAUUUUAAGAAAGCAGUAGGAGCAUGCAGAAUUUUUUACCAUCCAGAAACCACACAGCUAAUGAUACUGUCUGCCAGUGAAGCAACUGUGAAGAGAGUAAAUAUUUUGAGUGACAUGCAUUUGCGAAGUAUUCGUACGAAGUUGAUGCUUAUGUCCAGAAAUGAAGAGGCCACUAAGCAUUUAGAAUGCACAAAACAACUUGCAGCAGCUUUUCAUGAGGAAUUUGUUGUGAGAGAAGAUUUGAUGGGCCUGGCAAUAGGAACACAUGGUAGUAACAUACAGCAAGCUAGAAAGGUUCCUGGAGUUACAGCUAUUGAGCUAGAUGAAGAUACUGGAACAUUUAGAAUCUACGGCGAGAGUGCUGAUGCUGUAAAAAAGGCUAGAGGUUUUUUGGAAUUUGUGGAGGAUUUUAUUCAGGUUCCUAGGAAUCUUGUUGGAAAAGUAAUUGGGAAGAAUGGCAAAGUUAUUCAAGAAAUAGUAGACAAAUCUGGUGUGGUUCGGGUGAGAAUUGAAGGAGACAAUGAAAAUAAACUACCUAGAGAAGAUGGGAUGGUUCCAUUUGUAUUUGUUGGCACUAAAGAAAGCAUUGGAAAUGUGCAAGUUCUUUUAGAGUAUCAUAUUGCUUAUCUAAAGGAAGUAGAACAGCUAAGAAUGGAACGCCUGCAGAUUGAUGAACAGCUACGACAGAUUGGUUCUAGGUCUUAUAGUGGAAGAGGCAGAGGUCGUCGGGGCCCUAAUUACACCUCCGGUUAUGGUACAAACUCUGAGCUGUCUAACCCAUCUGAAACUGAAUCUGAGCGUAAAGACGAGCUGAGUGAUUGGUCAUUGGCGGGAGAAGAUGACCGAGAGAGCCGGCAUCAGCGUGACAGCAGGAGACGCCCAGGAGGAAGAGGCAGAAGUGUUUCAGGGGGUCGAGGUCGUGGUGGACCACGUGGUGGCAAAUCUUCCAUCAGUUCUGUGCUCAAAGAUCCAGACAGCAAUCCAUACAGCUUACUUGAUAAUACAGAAUCAGAUCAGACUGCAGACACUGAUGCCAGCGAAUCUCAUCACAGUACUAACCGUCGUAGGCGGUCUCGUAGACGAAGGACUGAUGAAGAUGCUGUUCUGAUGGAUGGGAUGACUGAAUCUGAUACAGCUUCAGUUAAUGAAAAUGGGCUAGGCAAAAGAUGUGAUUGAAGAGCAUGGUCCUUCAGAAAAGGCAAUAAAUGGCCCAACUAGUGCUUCUGGCGAUGAAAUUUCUAAGCUACAGCGUACUCCAGGAGAAGAAAAGAUUAAUACCUUAAAAGAAGAAAAUACUCAAGAAGCAGCAGUCCUGAAUGGUGUUUCAUAAACUGAAGAAGUUCCUAGUUUACAGUUCUUUUACAUUACAUUUUACAAUAGUGCUUGUACAAGCUUGCCAAAGAUAGAACAUGGAUCGCCAGUCUUUACAUCGCACUUUCAGUUCCUCCAUUUGGAAUUCAGAAAGGGGAGGGAUCCUGAAGAAAUCAUAUGUUAAACAUACUUUGACACCUACUGUGUUAUAAAAUAUAUCAUCAGA